UAUUCGAAUUAAACGUUUCUUCGUUAUGAAAAUAAUAUGUUUAGUGAGGAUUAUUAAUAUUAUUUUAGAUAACUUUUUUUCAGGUCAAUUAUCCAGUACUGAACAAGACUUAAAUAAUUUUGAAAUGUUGGCAUUUAGCUACGCAUUGUUGUAGCUCUACCAGAAGAGGUUCCGUCUAAAAAUGCAGGAAAAUGAGAAUUAUGAGUUGGAUCCAAAUUUUGCUGUUGUCUGUUCUUUUCUCGAACGUUUCGGGAAAUGUUUUGGAGAUGACUAUGCUUACCUGAAGAUUAAAGACCUGAAAGAUUUUCUUGAAGCAUCAGAAGUUGAUGCAAAUGAACCAUUUAUCCGUUUACAUUUAAAACUCUGUAGAGGUAUAGGUGAAAAAUGCAUCAGCCAAGAAUGGCAGAAGGCUAUAAUCAAGGUAAAACUAAUCAUAUUUGAUGUUAGUGAGCUUGAGCGACUUAUAGAAGUUUUAGAAGAAAAUGAAGAUGUUAAACUAGAGGAUUUGCCUGUACAGAAAUGUUUUGACGUCUCAUCAGAUAGAGCAGUAACUCCUACAAGGGAUCUUUGUACUGGUGCAGGUAUAUACCAUUAA